AUGACGGGAGAAUGUAAACCCAGCGGCCCUGCCCGUCUGGCCCCACCUCCGAGAUGCCUGCCCGGUGUCCUGACACCUGUCCCCAGCUCCAGGCCCACGGACCUCGUGCAGCAGAGAGGUGACCUCGUUCUCAACCUCGUGCAGCGGAGAGGUGACCUCGUUCUAGACCUCGUGCAGCAGAGAGGUGACCUCGUUCUCAACCUCGUGCAGCGGAGAGGUGACCUCGUUCUAGACCUCGUGCAGCGGAGAGGUGACCUUGUUCUAGACCUCGUGCAGCGGAGAGGUGACCUCGUUCUCAACCUCGUGCAGCGGAGAGGUGACCUUGUUCUAGACCUCGUGCAGCGGAGAGCUCCUCCCUGUCCCUGGGUCCCUGGUCGCAGCGCCUCGGGCUGCCUCGAUGGCGUGGAGACAGAGCCCGUGGCUCUGGAGGAGGCCUGGGUCACGGAGCCUGAGUGCCCCCUGACCACCCACCUUGGUGGGAGAACCUCAUCCACUCUGCUCAGCAGCAAAGACCACUUCCUGCAGCUCCAGGGGCCCACCGCCCUCCGGUCCCACCCCACGACCUUCCCUAAGGCUGAGACCCCCAUGUCGGCCCAGGGCCUGCGCUCCAAGCACGGCAAGACUUGUGGCAGCGAGAAGCCUGUUGACGUCCAAGCCCUGCGGAAGAAGGUCAGCAGUGUGACGUGCGGCCCGGCUGCCCGAGCCGUCCUCAGCAGCCUGCUGCUCUAUAUCACUGACCUCCAGGACAGGCCCCCGGAGCCGCUGCCUGCCAGGAGGGCAGAGGGCGGGGAGAGCAGGGCCAGCCACUCGCCUGAGAGCCAGGACGCCCACCGGCGACCCACGUGCUUCCAGCUCCUGCAGGCCAAGUUCAUGGGCACAGGCCGUGAGUUCCGCCUCAAGAAGGCCCGGGAGGUAGGGAGGCUGAUAUCUAAGGACAAGCAGGGCCCCGGCAGGAGCUUGGUGACCGCUACCAUCAACAAGCUCCUGGACAAGGCCCGGGAGGGAGCCGGCCGCCCCAUGCAGGACCGGGAGCCGCCCCCCAGCCAGAAACCCCGGCAGGGCCUCCCCGCCGGGAAGGGCACCGUGAAAAACAUUCUGAAGAUAUUCUUGGCCGCAGAGAAGAAGGAGGUCUGUGAGGAGCCCACAGCGGCCAAGGGGCCUCUGCCCAAGCCCACCAAGAGGGGCUCCAUGCUGUCCAAGCUGCGGGAGAAGUUCGAGCAGAGUGGUUGUCUUUGCUCCGAGGCUGGCGUGCUGCCGCUCCGCACGGAGGGGAGGAAGAAGAAGAACCUGGUGAGGAAAAAGACGCACCAGCCAGAGACGCGCACGCUCAGCACGGCCACCAUUGCCAGCACCUGCCUCGGGACGCCGCUGGCCCGCUUCCUGGCCUGCACCGCGGAGCCUGUGCCGGCCUUCAACAUCGCCACUGUCGUCUGCGGCCCCCGGAGCUGGCUGUCCCACUGUGCCAAAAUCAGCCAUUCCCGGCAACGGCACGUGCUCCGGGGAGGAACAGGCACGUCCCCCAGCAUGGGGGUCAUAGGAGAUGGACAGGGACAGCCUAGUGGGGAACCCACACAACCUCCAGCACCCUGGGCCACGGCUCUUGGGGACAGCCUGGAAAUGGCAUUCCUGGGUGAGGGGACCAAGCCCAUCCCUGGGCUAGCCCCCUCUCCUGCCUCCCACAGGGGUGGGCCCCUUCCUGGCCAUGAGCCUGCGGGGUCACUCCUCAAACCAGCCAGCCCAGCGCGUGCCAGGGCAAUGGGAGGCGAUGGGACGGGGAGCCCUCCUGCAGGGGACACUGCACAGCACACCAUGGCGCCUGGGGAAGCUGGGCCAGGCCUGUGGCAGGAGCUCCAGAACACAGGAGCCGGGAUGGCCCCCAAGUUUGCCCUGACGGUUUGCAGUUCUGAGGAUGAAACAGAAGGAGUGGGUCUAGGCUCGGAGGAAGACCUCCAGUUCGCGCUCCAGGAGACUUUCCCGGAACAGAAAGAAGCGGGACAUAUCCCGCCACUUCCAGCGCCUGCGGUCCAGGCCCUGCAGGGCACACAGUCAGCCCUGGAGUCUCCCCAGAUAACUGUCACGCGGCUGGUCACAUAUCAAGUGCCACCAGCACCUGCCACGCCGCCCCAGGCCGUGGCAUCUCCCCACGUGACUGUCCCACGUCUGGACACGUGCCAAGUGCCACCAGCACCUGCCACGCCGCCCCAGGCCGUGGCAUCUCCCCACGUGACUGUCCCACGUCUGGACACGUGCCAAGUGCCACCAGCACCUGCCACGCCGCCCCAGGCCGUGGCAUCUCCCCACGUGACUGUCCCACGUCUGGACACGUGCCAAGUGUCACCAGCACCUGCCACGCCGCCCCAGGCCGUGGCUUCUCCCCACGUGACUGUCCCACGUCUGGACACGUGCCAAGUGCCACCAGCACCUGCCACGCCGCCCCAGGCCGUGGCUUCUCCCCACGUGACUGUCCCACGUCUGGACACGUGCCAAGUGCCACCAGCACCUGCCACGCCGCCCCAGGCCGUGGCUUCUCCCCACGUGACUGUCCCACGUCUGGACACGUGCCAAGUGCCACCAGCACCUGCCACGCCGCCCCAGGCCGUGGCAUCUCCCCACGUGACUGUCCCACGUCUGGACACGUGCCAAGUGCCACCAGCACCUGCCACGCUGCACCAGGCAUCAGGUGGUGGAGACAGAAGUUCUAGUCUUCUGAGUAGUGAAGGCAAGGGUCGGGGUGGGUUUGAAAAUGCUCGAGGGGUGUUUCCCAUGGGGACAGGAAGUGAGAACAUCCGAGCAGCCAGCACGGUUGGAGGCCCCCUCCAAGUUCUGAGUGUCCCUCUGGCAAGGGGUGCCACCAGCAUGGGUCAGGACCUCCCAGCGGCAGCCCCACAACAAUGUCCCACCCAGGGAAUGGCAAACACCCACGGUUUUGGGGAUUCAAAGGAGCUCCAGCAUCCUGAGGGUCGGGCAGGAGAGGACGUGUCUGAGCCGGCCUGCAAGAUGCAUCAGUGGCCAGCAUCAGGGGACAGGCUGGUCCAUGGCAGGGACACCCCAUGGCAUCAUCCCAUGACCUCAGGGAAUCGACAGACAGGGGACAGCCCCUCAGUCCCUGACCAUCAGCGAGAGCUGCCUACCCAGGCAGGACACCCAGUGGGUGUCUCGGCAGCUCUGGGGGCCACCCCCAGCGACAGAACCCAGUCUGACAGUUCGACCACUGGGGAAGAGAAGAUCCUGUGUGGGCACGAGCUCGGAGGGCUGCCCCGAGGAGACUCCGCCCAGCCUGGCGAGCAGGCUACAGGGAGCACCAGUCCUGGCCUCGGCAAUGACAGCCCUGCCCCCCUCAUCGAACGUCCCCAGCCAGCUCCCGGAGCCCCCAGGCGGGAGGCAGCCACAAGGGCCACAGAGAGCCACACUGCACCAGCAGCAGGCAGCGUUCUGAAGUCUGUAGACAGCGUGGCCAGAGGGCGGGACCUAGCGCAGGAGCCGGGGGGCUGCCCCCUGCCAGCGUUCCCCAGCCUUGCAGCCGUGGCCCUGACCCAGGCCUCUAGCCCCCCGCACAGCUCCGUGCCAACCAGGUGCAGCGAGCACCUGCUCGAGAGUAGCACCCGUGUGGGUUUAGGGCAGCGCUGGCCAGAGCCCCCCGAGUCCCCGGCCGCUGUCCCACUGCAGGCGGCAGACACCCCGCUCAGACCGGCUGAGCCACGAGUGAGUGUCGUGGCUGAGAGCAAAGCUAGCGUGGUGGCAGGAGGCAGAGGGGUCCCAGUUGUGCACGGGAGCCCCUGUGGGGGGGUCAUGACCCGAAUCCCAGGGGGAGCUCCCCCCACACCCCUGGGCAGUGCUGCGGUGGAGCCUCCGCCUUCUGGGAACCAACAGGCCGAGGAGGACAAGCACGUCCUGCCCAAAGAGCAGGUUCCUCCUGGUGCUGGGGCUCCCUGCCAGCCUCCACCACCUGGAGCAGCAGGAGGGCAGUGGGUGGGUGGGGCACUCCAGAAGGGCCCCAACCCCCCAGCACACUCACCGUCUGUGUCCCUCAUGAGGGCCGGCGUCCAGGACAGAGUCGAGGUUGGGGACAGGCAUCAACCACGGGCAGGCCAGGGAGCACUGGAGGAGGGGGCUGCCGGGCCUGUGAGGCUGGAUGGUCCUCCAGACAGGGGCGUGGCUCUGUGGGGCCAGAAGGCUGGGCCACAGGCUAUAAAAAAGGGUCAAACACAGCCCAGGGAGGUGAAGGUGGGCCGUGGUGCUGAGGUGGGGGCCACCGAGGUGGGGACAGGUCAUCCGUGCACUGGUAAAGUUCCAGAACAUGCACAGGGGCAGAGGGAGAGGCCUGCUGAGAGACCCCCUUGGGGACAUAGUGCCCAGGCUGGAAAGAACCAAGAACCAUCCCCCGCAGAGAAGCCGGGGCACCCAGCACAGGCCCAGGCCGGCAGGACGGCACCCCACAUCGCAGCAGGCCCCGCCGACAGCUCGUCAGAAGCAGCAUCUGCUGUGGGAGGGAGGAGGAGGUCCUGCAGACCGGCCCCCAGGGGCAGCCAGGCGGAGGCCGGAGCCCCACACCAGGUGGCAGAAAGCCAGCCUAUGGUGGGCAGGAGCCCGUGGUCUUCUGGCCCCGAGCCAGCGCCUGGCUCCACAGGGCCCACACCCAAGCCCGGGGGCUGCGAGAUGCCCUGUGCCCCAGCCCAGGAGGGACCCCCAGAAGCCCCGGAGGCAGAGAGUGGUGCGUGGGAGCAUGUGCGGUGCGGAAGGCUGGCGCACUUUGCCAAGUACAGAGCCCAGAGCUUCAGCGACCAGCGGUCCUUCGAUCUGUCCUUCCGACCCACAACCAUCAGGGCUAAUGACACAUUCGAACUCCCCAAGUGAAGCCCCGGCUUCCGAACACGGACAUGCCCAGCACCUCUGUUCCUGCACCUCGUCGCGCCCAGACUGCUUCCCUCACACACGCGCGUCCAGAGCGCGGCGAGGAGGACCCCUUUCGCUCUUGGUAACUGGUCCUGGGAGGGUCUGCGUCCUCGAGCUGUGCAGCUCUGCACCAUCUUCCUGGGGCCCACCUGGCUUCUCCUCGGGGACGGAGCAGCAGCAGGACCAGGACAUCCAGGCACUUGUCCCCACGGGUCCCGUUCUUCACGGUGCUCGAGGGUGCCCAGGUGCAACUGCUGUUUCCACACCUUUGCGCUUGCUGCUGAGCCUGUGGGCGUCUCUCCUGUCCUGCUUUGGUGCCUCAGGCCACCCGGCCCUUUGUGGAGUCAUCUGCCGGCCGCAGCCCCACUGCUCGGCACAGGUACAAGAGCUGCCCGUGAAGAGCCCAAGGGGUGGGCUCUGGUGGAAGGAGCCCCGGGACACCUGCCUCGGCCCCAAGGGAAGCCGCACAGGUGUGGAUGUUUCCAGACCCACAGUCCCAAGGAAACGGCCCUGUGGGUGCCGCUGGCUGAGGACGGGGAACGUCCCUGGAGCCACAUCCCGUGCCCGCCUGCAGGGCUUCCCGCCUGUCCCUCCGCGUCCAUGUGUGUUCUUCCUGCGGUCCUCGGUCCCUAAGCCUCGGCCUCUGCUGCGUCCACCGUCUGGAAUCGUCAGGCAUCGUGUGGAAGAGCAGGAAAGGAAAUAAAAGGCCCUGGUAGUCACGUGGCCUUAGGCAGUUUCUCCAACUGUGGCUGCUUCUCCCUCGCUGUCUCCACAGCACGGCCACACUGGGGGCACAUCUCGUGUACGGUGUCCAACUCUCAACACUAUCGCCCACCAGGGUCAGGGCCGUCAGGUGGCCUCGGGCCAGCCGCCAGCUCUGGUGCAAGGGGACAGCGGGAGGGCUGCCCCACAGGCGCUGCUCUCAAGACCCCCGGCCGUGGGAGGGGCUUCCCGCGCCUCGAGCUCGCAGUGCUGUCCGCUCUGCUGCGGGUGAGCCAUGUUCUCAGCAACGUGGCUGGUCCCGUAACCAAUUCACCUGGUCCCGUAAAUGCUUCCUUGAUGCCUCCGGCUGGAGCCGCGGAAUGUGACCGUGGUGCACGGAGGGUCUCAAGAGGCUAAGCAGGGGCCAGAGGGUCCACGCGGCCUGCUGUGCUCUGUUCAGCAGUGGACACACUGCUAGCUGCCCACCCCUCAGGCCAGUGGUUCAAAGUCUGGCGGAUGGGCACCUUCCACCACUGUGGGGUCACGAGUCCAGGAUCCUCAGGGGUUGCCAAAAUGUGCCGGGCCUCCUCCGUGGAGCAGCGACAGUGCUCCCGCUGCUCCGCGAGGGCCCGCAGCCUGACCCCAUGGGACAGACAGUUGCCUGUGUGCCCCGUGCUGCCCAUGCCCUCAUCUGGGCACCUGCGAGCCCUGGGGGGCACUUCGCCUGCUGCAUCUGGCUCCUACAUGGAGUUGAGGGCUGGCGGGGGACAGGGGCCGUCCCACCUCUGCCGGAGGAAGGGGGUCCCUUCCUGGGGGUUUGCAGGCUGGGGGGUCUGGUGUCCCUGCCCUGGGAGUCUCGGGAAGGCUGCAUCUGGUGGGCUGGCUUCCUGGAGCCACAAACCCCGGGCAGCGCCAGUGCCCACACUCGGGUGCGGGGCCCCACAGAGCCCGGCGUCCACAUCUGCUCACACCCGCUGCCGCAUCCUCCGAUGGGGACCACGAGCCGCCACACCUGGCAGGGCACCACCUUCUUCACUGUCCAUCCUCCUGCUCUGGUCCAGAGGAUCUGAGGCCAUUUGGCAAAGAAUGUGAUGACAGAAGAGAUAAAAAUAUAUUCACUGCGUGUUCUGUUUUUAAAAUAAGCGGUGGGACUGUGUUGCUAUUUUUAAAUAGACCAGAAAGUCCGCUGGAGAAGGCUCAGAGCGGUGUGAGUCCAAGUGGGAACCAGAGCCUCCUCCAGAUGCAGCCUCCAACAGUUUGCACACCCAGCUCAGCUCCACGCCUGGCAAGCGCCGCGGGCGACAGUGACCUGCUCAGCCGGGGUGCCCUGCUCCCCGUGCACCAAGUCCGGCCUCAGGUGCCAUGCCUGUGCUGGAGCAGCUCGCCGUCGCGGGGGCUGGACGGAGCUCUGUGGGCGUUCCCGCUACACAGAGCCCACGCGGGCCCAGGACCCCCAUGGAAGCAGGUGCCCCCACAGGAGGAAGGCCUCCGAGCCCCCAUGCAUCAGAACAGUUGGUGGCAGAAGGGGGGCCGCCUGGGCUGUGGGCAUCGGAACAAGGGGACGUGUGUAUGAGCCGGUCAGCCCAGGGGCGCGCUGCGCUCUUGAGGAGGCCGUGGACACAAAGGCUUGCUUCAGCCUGCAUGGCUCCUUCUGCGGUUUACGGACGGCUCAGGUACCCAGCCUGCUGUGCUGUUGGGGAAUUCCUGCUGGUGAAAACUCCCAGGAGCCCGCCCGGGUCUCAGGUGCGCCAUCUGUGAGUGCCCGUGGUUAGGAUUCUGCCAACUCAGUGUCUCUUCCUUCUUUGAGUUUCGAUUUUGUAAUUACGUGAUUGUGUAAUAACCCACAGCUGUUUGAUUCCCUGUUCUGUUUUACCCCUUUUGUAUACAAGUAUCUCAAAAAUGGGUUUCUCUGGAAAAAACUACUAACUAUAAUUUGUUGUAUCUGUUGUGUUCUUUCCUUUGAAUUUUUACCAACUUUAUUCAGCGGGAGACAAUUUCAAAAGCAGAAAUAAAAGAUGUUUCCUGUCUCAGCAAGG